UUCUCCUUUUGCAACUAAAUGCUUUCAUGCUUCUAAGCUUUAAAGAUAAUUUCAUAGCUGUACAAAACAUGUUCUCUCUCUUAUAAUUCACAUUUUCAAAGACUUGGUUUCAGAAUAUUGGUUUUCUUCUUUCUUCAUAGCUAGUUUUGAUCAAUUGGAGCAGGAGGGUUACUCUGAUGACUUGUUUCUUUAAUCUUUUCAGAAAGAAAGGAUCUUCCUCAGCCACUCGAUUGACCGGAGUUGAUUUAGAUAUUUCAGAAAUUCAGAAUGUCAAGAUCUACACUUACAGGGAAUUGCGAAGUGCCACCGAAAGUUUUAGUCCUGCAAACAAGAUAGGACAGGGAGGUUUUGGAGAAGUCUAUAAGGGAAAGCUGAGAAAUGGUUCUCCAGUAGCUAUAAAGGUUUUAUCAGCUGAAUCAAGACAAGGGGUCCGAGAGUUUUUGACAGAAAUAAAGGUGAUAUCUAGUAUAGAACAUGAGAAUCUAGUUAAGUUGCAUGGAUGCUGUGUGGAAGACAACCAUAGGAUUUUGGUCUAUGGCUAUCUUGAGAAUAACAGCCUAGCACAAACACUUAUUGGUGCAGGCCACAGUAACAUCCAAUUCAGUUGGUCUACAAGAAGGAACAUUUGUGUAGGUGUUGCCAGGGGCCUUGCAUUCCUUCAUGAAGAGGUCCAACCCCACAUUAUCCACAGAGACAUAAAAGCAAGCAAUGUCCUACUUGACAAAGAUCUUGAGCCAAAAAUUUCAGAUUUUGGGCUUGCAAAGCUUAUUCCACCAAACCUAACUCAUAUCAGUACACGUGUUGCUGGAACAGUUGGUUAUCUUGCACCUGAAUAUGCAAUCCGAAAUCAAGUGACAAGAAAAUCAGAUGUUUAUAGCUUUGGAGUUCUAUUAUUAGAAAUUGUUAGUGGAAGACCUAACACAAAUAGACGUUUACCUGUUGAAGAACAGUAUCUUCUCACAAGAGCUUGGGAUUUGUAUGACGCUGGAGAGACAGAAAAAAUGGUGGAUGCUUUUCUAGACGGAGACUUCGAUGUUGAGGAGGCAAUCAGGUUUUGUAAGAUUGCUCUCCUUUGCACGCAGGAUUCACCUCAGCUCCGACCCUCUAUGUCCAUUGUGCUUGAAAUGCUUUUAGGUGAAAAAGAUGUGAAUGAGGAGAAUGUGACAAAACCAGGCAUGAUAUUUGAAUUUGUGGAAGCCAAAAGUGCAUGGAAACAAAAGGGCAAGUCUGAAGAGAAUGGUAAAUUUUUGUUGGCUGAAGGGAAGCAAGAUGAGUCAUCUUCUUCAGAAACCAUGACCUCUUUUGCUACCAUGACCUUCACAGCAAUCUGUGAUCGAAGUAAUUAAUUUGAUUAUCAACAGGUAGCCUUGAUUCUCCCCCCUUAUUCUGAAGCAACCAAUCUUUGUUACCUUUUAUGGCUACAAUGCAGAGUGUAAAUUUUUUUGUGUAAUAUUUUCUUCUCAUUCUAUAUUAAUCAGUGAUAAAUGAGUUCAAUUUGUAAUUCAUUGGUCGGGUAAACUUUUUGUAAGAAAUUAGUGUCAAUGAUCUAUGUAGGCCAUAUACCAUAGUAUUUUGAAUCAGGGCAUUGUUUAUUGUUGGCUUGAUUUUUUGUGGUUCUUAUGCUGCUGUUUGUUUAAGAUAGUGCUUGCUCAGCUCAUACAUCAUACUGCCCAUUAGUGUGCAAAUUGUAAUCCCAUCAACGAUCUUCUGAAAUAUAGACUUGAAUUAUUUCUGUGA